CACAAGCACUCAUAGAAAACCCCAGAAACAUUAAUGAAUCUCCAUCUUUUAAGUUCCAAAGUCCUACAAACAUUGAUUGCAUUGAGGGGGAAAAAAUUUCAUUUCAUAGAUCACAUGCUAAGAAGUGAUGAAGUCAAAUGAUGGAUGACUCUCCAACAUUCAGUAAAAAACAAAACAAAAAACAGAAAAAAGCGACAGUACAAUUGUAAAAAAGGCAGCACAGCAUAGGUUUCACAUAUCUAUCCAAAGGAUAAUGUAGACGUUUGUCCAUAAUGUACAUUGCCACUUUUAGUACCAACCAAAUACAGCAAACCAACCCAACACAAACACCAACUGUAAGGCACGGUCGUGGAGAAGUGAUGAUUUGGGCUUUUUUUACAGCGACAGAACCUGGGCACCUUGCAAUCACUGUCGAGUUGACUGUAAACUCCUCUGUGUACCAAAUCGUUCUGGGGUCAAAAGAGAGGUCUGACAGCGAAAGCUUGUGCCACACUGAGUCAUGUGAUAGAACAGGGGUGGCCAACUCCAAGCCUCGAGGGCCGGUGUCCUGCAGGUUUUAGAUGUGUGCUUGAUCCAACACAGCUGAUUUAAAUGGCUAAAUUACCUCCUCAACAUUUCUUAAAGUUCUCUCUCUGCUUUGUGUUGUCCUUUCUCUCAGGUUGUGUUUAAAUAAUUUCAGAACCUGGCAUUCUUGUUAAAAAGUAAUAAGUGUAUUUGAGUGUAUUUGUGUGUGUGUGUGGGGGGGGGGGGGAAUUCAUGGACUGUGCAGAUAACAUUAUUACUGUCCAGCAUCUAAGACGGUUAAUUCGGCUUUAAGAGUCAGCACAUUUAAAUCCUGUGUAUUUGAAAAGUGAAUGCUUCAGCCAAAAAUGAGUAACAACUAUUUCACUUCUCCUUUUUUUCUCCCACACAUUCCACAUUUAACUGGAAUUGAUUCUCCAAUAAUAAUAAUAAAAGAUAAAUUAAGGUUAUAUACCAUAACAGAAUAUUAGUGUGGGCCCAAGCUUUUGUGGUGCCAUUUCACUUUAGUUUUAUUAUAAAUGUUAAUUUCUGAUUAAUGUUAAGUCAAUUCUUGAUUUGCUGUUGGUUCCCAUUAUCUCAUUAUCAUUUUUUGGUAUUUCGAAGUUUUUUUCUUGGUACUUCAGAAAUCUAGUAGUGGUUUAUUUAUUAGUAUUUGCCUAUAGUGUGCUUAGUGUUUUCCCUCAGUCUUUGCGGGUUCAUUGCUUUUCCAGUCCUUGUGAAGAGUUUCGUUUUUUUUGUUCUGUUGUGUUUUUACUUCAUAUUUUUAGUUUAUACCUUCCUGUUGAGAUUCCUGAUUAGGUUUUUUCGACUCUACUCUCUGAAGUUCUGGAUUCUAAUAUCUUGAAGCUUAAGUUUGACUCAUAUUUUGAUUUCCUUUCAUUUCUGCAAUGAUUUUGUUGUAUUGUCUGUGAGUUCCAGUUACUGUUCUCCUUUAUUUUUCUGUUCUGUUCCUCCUGUGUCAUCUCUGUUUGUCUAACCUUCAGUGUUUUAUUAUUUCUGUGUCCAUGUCUCAAUGUCUCACAAUUGAGUGUUUAAAACUUUCAGGCACCAAGCAGUUCUUGAUAGUAUAGUAUUUGUUGAGUUUGAGUGGUUUAUUCUAGUCUGAUGUUUGAUCUUUAUUUAACUUCACGUUCUAAUUUUGGGCUAUUUGUGUUUUGUUCCUUUAUUAAUUUCUCUCUUACUUCCCCCUUGUCUCGUCCUGUGUUUAUGUCUCUUUGUGUUUCCUUGUUCUGGCCAUUCUUUCUUGUUUUGUAUUUUAGGUUCGUUUUGCUUCCCUCCCUUCAUUCCUAGACAUUUAAUUAGUUUUACCUGCAUCUCAUGUCUCACCUGUUUCCCAUCCUCAUUAAGUUCUGUUUUAUUCUGAUUCUCUCUUUCUUUGUUGUUGCAACAUAUUUCAUAUUUGGAAACAUGUCUGUUUCCUGCUUGGCUCUUAUGUUCUUAUUUAUCAUUUCUGCACUUUUAACACUUUGUUUUAUUGGACUUUGUAUUAAUAUUAAAGACUCACCAUUUUGGACUGCUUCUUUUGGGCCUUGUCACUACACACUACACAUGAUAUAAGUAUUUACAAAGCUCAGCAAGUAGUAAAAAGAUACAUUAAGUUGCCUUUAAAACAUGUAGCACAACUUCAAGCAAGUGUUGGUCACGAAAGAUUUGCCAUUGUCAUUAAGCUGAAAAUUAAUUUCUUCUCCGUAUGGUGUCCAUGUUCACUAUGAGUCCUGGGAGAUGUUACAGACUGGCUGCAGGGAGCCUGGCCCUACUCGCUGCUGUUUUGCUGAUAGUUGAUCUCGGCCUGGGAGUCCAUUACAACAAACUCACAGAUUCUCACCUCACGCUCGAUGAUACCGAACGCAUCAGCAAAGAGCUGGUCGUCCUCCAGGACACUUACAAGACUGCAGUGGAAACCAUGAAGGAUGCCAGGAAGCAGCUGGACAGCGAGAUGAGCCGUCAGACGCAAACCAACUGGGAGCUUGAACACCAGACAAAACGAAGCAAUGACUAUAAAAGUCAGAUGGAAAAAAUCACAAAGGAAAUUGAAACAACAAGAUCACGCUUAUCAAUGAUUAGCGAUGGCUGCAAACACUGUCCUGCAGGAUGGAUUUUAAUGAACUCUGUAUGUUACUACUUCCCCUUGAAAUCAAAUAUAAUGAAAACAUGGAAGGAAUCCAGAGAUUUCUGUCAGCUGCAGGGAGGAGAUCUUAUAAUCAUAGACAGCCAAGAUGAAGAGAACUUGACAGUAAAUUUCCUAAUAAAUCAUCAAGAUGCCUCCGAGCCCCCGAAAGGCUUCUGGAUCGGACUGAGUGAUUCUGAGGAGGAAGGGACUUGGAAAUGGUUGGAUGGAACAUUUCUUGUUCAAGGGUACUGGAACGAUGGAGAGCCGAACAACCAAGAUAAUGAAGACUGUGCAGCCGUGUAUCCCAUAGCAAACUUCUUCAAAGCUUGAAAUGAUGUUAGAUGUGGAGUCAGAAGGAAAUGGAUUUGUGAAAAAGCGCCAAAAUCCAUGAGCUAAAAUGUCUAAUGAGGAAUACAGUCUUAGAUAUGUAAAUACUAUCACAUAAAUCACUGUAAGCAUUUAAUUAACCACUAUUCUUUAAAUCAUCCAAUUAACAUGUAUAAGGUGGUUUCACUUCGUCUUCACUUUGUUUUCUGUACCUCUCACUGUCUCUAUCGCUCUCUCUUUCACACACACAGAUCCUACUGAUUUUCACGCCUCAUUGGUUUGUCUAAUAAAAUGACUUUGCCAAACUACCAAAACAGUGUGUCCACCCU